AUGGAAUGGCCCAUGAAGCGUCUCAAAUCCGCCGCAGGAUAUGAGGACGUGCCUUCUGGGGAUACAGCACCCGCGCCUGCGCCUGCACCAGCUCCCGCAGAAUCCUCUACAUCGCAUGAGCAAGGACAACAAUCAACCGCCGAUAUCAUUCGGGCUAUGUGUGCAAAUCUUCACCAGCAAACCAGAAUGCGGUUGAAUGCUCCGGCGAAUGCUCCUGCGGUUAAUCCAGCAUUGAACAGAGCCUUUUAUAGCUCGCAAGAACCUCAAGCUUCCUUCGCAGAGGGUGCAAGCUCCGGAGGAGAUACAGAAGCACUUUCACCACCAGAGGCAAAUAAUAGCUAUGUUAAUCUAGUCAGCCGGAUAGGUCCCGAAAUCCAGUUUGGAGAGUCUGGGAAAAAACCGCGCUGGGUGGUUGUGCCUACUCCUUAUGACGUGGUAAACGCAUUUGACUGGAUGCUUGAGGCCGGCACGCCCAAUCUAUGGAACGGUCUCACGUAUGAGCAGCUUGUUGAGUACGCUUACAUGUACCUCGAGCACGCACUCGAGGACACGGUAUUUAGGGAUCGCUUUCGGUGGGAGGUUCAAACUGGUUCGUUCUCCCAUCUUUUGGUAAAUAUCGAGGAUGCGCUACCUCCUCUUCCGGAGGCUCCUAUUACUGAUUGGUUUGGGGGUGCGGACGAGAGGUACUUCUACUAUAGACAUCAGAGUCCGUUUGUGGCAUUGGGGCCAGGAAUUCAAGGGCAUCAAGUCAAUGGCAAUAGCUCCAUUAUUGGAGGAAUGCGGUCGGUUGAGAGUCCCAAUGGGCAACUAGUAGAGAAUGAACAGGCUUCGAGUCAUGUCAUGCCACGAGCAAUAACAAAGCAAACUGCCAAAUAUACAGCACGAACCUUGCACAAACAGCCGAACGCCGAUAAAUUGGCGGCAGAAGAAACUGAAUUUAUGGGAUGGGAAAGAGAAAUCUUGGAAAGUCUCAAAGAUGAGAAAACAUGUGCGAAAACAUUCCCCAGGCGCACUUUCCGGCGCUUCAGGCCAUGGGCUGGCUACAGGGAUGCGACUAAGUAUAUAAGUAAGGAGGAUCUGGCGCGGCUGCCCCGGUUUCCAAUGGCCCAGAGAGCUUUCAAUCCACUGGUUGGUGUGAGGGCAGCUCCUACGUGGAAAACGUCGCGCAUAUCGAAAAUUGCGAAGGCUACGAAGGCCGCAAAAACGGCUACGACGGCUACGACGGAUACCACAAAGAACACAGCAGGGACUCCUGAAACAUUGAACAAUGGAAGUCUACGCAGGAACCCGCCACGGAACCGUCACAGACCAAAGCGCUACUUCGAUUAG